GUAGUGGCAAUGCGGUAAACAGCCUCACUCAGGAUGUUACCACUGGAUGUUAAGCUCCGCUGGAUGUUUGUAGCAGUCAUGCUCUAUGGGUUAUACAUCAAGAACAGCGUCAGCCCGGAAUCUUGCAGUCUCCAAAAUACCCUGUUUGUUAGUUUCAAAACGGGAUACAAACAAUUCUCACCUGGGGUUGUUGAGGUCAAUGGAACUAAAUUAUGUUUCCGAAUGCACGAAGUGGAUACAGAGUGUUGUGUUCCAGAAGACUUCAAUUGCAACUUUACCAUAACUGGCACAGGAGAAAACUACAGCCUGGUUCUGAAUAAAGACAUUCUUUCCAACCAAAAUAUUGUUGUGAUAACUGUACCAGAUUAUAACUAUACAUGUAUGCCAUCGGAGAUCAACACAUAUUUAGACAUUCACAGGUGCUUGAAAACAGGGUUCCAAAAUAUAAAUUUGAGCAAACAAAACUUCUCUGGAAAUGUGACACAAUGUGAUGAAAACGAUUGCAAAGAUGCAGCAGAAACAGACGAGUACAAGAUCACAGUGUCUGAUAAAAAUAUAACCUAUUUAUGUAAGUUAUGUAAGCCAAGUGACAAGCAAGACGAUUUUAUUAUCAAGCCAGACAUUUAUAUUAUUGAGCCUGCCCCUCCAAACAACAGCCCGGAAACUGCAGCAAAAGUCAUGAAUAAUCUCUCCUCCCUGGUGGAUACUAUGGGCAACUCAAGCACAGCAUCCAUCCGAGUGGGCAACAUUAAAGGAGUGAUCGCCAGGCUACCCAAAGAAAACCACACCGAACUCAACUUUGGCGUUUCAGCAAGUGGAGAUAUGAACAUGCUUAAGAAUAACAAUAAUUCGGGGAAAGGCUUCUCUCGGUCCGUGCAAAUCCCUGCAGAGGCGAGUGCCAUGGCAGUGAAAGGAAAUUCUCCUUUCGCCGCGGUUCUACUGUUUCCAGAAAUGUUUGAGGACAACCCCAACAGCAUUUAUCUCAACAAUGAGGCGCUGGGAAUUGAAAUGGGAACAGAAAUAUCCAAUCUCUCACACAGCAUAGACAUUCGGUACACUGGUGUGAACAUGACUGGAAGAAUUGGAACGUGUAGGUCAUGGGAUGGAAAAGGAAAAGUGAACUGGAUCUCAGAUGGCUGUAAGACAAAGGAGAAUAAUGGCACCAUCGUGUGCCAGUGCUCUCAUCUAACCUUCUUCGCAAUACUAAUGUCACCUGCACCUACGAACAUGAGCUCUACAGAUUUUAAGACUCUGACCACCAUCACUUCAAUCGGCUGUGGCCUGUCCAUAGUUUUCUUGACACUCGCUCUCUUCAUGCAUUGUCUAAUCAGGAAAGGGAAAGCAAGCCAAACAACACAGAUUCUCAUAAACCUCUUUGUAGCUUUGAUCACCCUGAACUUGACCUUCCUGGUAAAUGAGAGUAUUGCAGCAAUGGGAAACUUUGCCGCAUGCGUAACAAUCGCAGCAGUUAUGCACUAUUCUAUGUUGGCCACCUUUACCUGGUUUUUCAUGCAAGCUCUUCACCUAUACUUCAUUAUGUGGAAGCUUCCCACUGACAUCAAACAUUACAUCAGGAAGAUAAGCGCCGCGGGAUGGGUCACCCCAGCUGUAGUGGUGUUAGCUCUUGUCGCCUCAAGUCAAUACGAUUUCAUCGCCAUUUACACCGAUGAUGGGAAUACAGCAAAGAUGUGCUGGAUCCCAAAUGCUGUGAUCCACCAGGUGGUGAACAUUGGGUACUACGCUGUAGUGUUCAUCUUCACCUUUGUCAUGUUCAUCGCUACUCUGCGGCAGAUUGUUCUUCUUAAACCGGCAGAGAAAAAACCCAAGGACAGCAGCUCCUUCAGGACCAACUUCUUCUCCAUCCUAGGCCUAUUCCUCCUGUUUGGCAUCACCUGGGCUUUUGCUUUCUUCAGCUACGGACCUAUGCUCAAGCCCUCAUACUAUAUCUUCACCAUCCUCAACUCCUUUCAAGGUUUCUUCCUUGCCAUCUACUAUUUCAGAUCCAGUAAGAUUGUUGGAGAAGACAGAAGCUCCAUGUCUUCAACAAGCACCAUGAGAAGCACAGCUACAUCAAACACAGUUGUUAAGCCUCCUCAUUGAUAACACAUAUGCUUUUCAAGUGGGGACAGAAAGUGUUUUGGGCCUGAGCUUAUUUUGACACAAGAGGGCAGCAUUUUAUUUUGUAUAGUCAAGCAGAGCCUCUGUUGAAUGGGGUUCUGGUAAAUUAGCAUUUCAAUUUUUUGUAUCCCUGAUUUCCCAGCUAAUCUGGAUUACCUUCCUUUAAGAAAAUGAGUCAAGCACUGUCACAGGACAUGGAGUAAUCUCCUGGAAAUCAUUUAGGCGGGUGACUCAUAAGAAGCCCUGUCUUACUCACUGUGAAACAUGCGGUAAAGCUUGUGAUUCACUCAGAAUAUAUUUCCUAAAUCAAAGAUGUAUACAUUGGAAUGCAGAGUGCAAAUGUUUAAAAAGAAAAGCAUGACUGAUGGAGUUUUCAUAUGGAGCAAAGAUGGGCAAAACGCAGAGAAAAUGAAGCGGAAGUGUGAGUGCCUCUCACACACUGUUGGGGGCCGAGCUAGCGCUUUGCGUGCCUGCAGAUAAUUACCUUGUGCCUACAGAGAGCAGUAUCCACUGUGCGGGGAGCCUUAACUGGCUAACAAGAAAUGAGCUCAUGGCUACCUACAGUGAUAAGAGGCCUGAGGGCACGCUACUAUGUUGAAACUAUUCCUGCUAUAUGGCUGUAGUUAACUUGCGUUGUAUCUAAGUGUAUCUAGGCAAACUACAAUUAUUAAAUGAAUAAGAGUGAUCGGGAAUUAUGUACUUUUAUAUUAAUCUAUGUUUUGCUUAAAAAGGCUAUACUUGAUGUGAUAAAGAUCUUACAUUUUAAUUUCAUAGUUUAUAGUUCAUUCAAUUGUAAAAUAUUAAUCAUGUUAUAUAAUGUUAUUCAAUAUAGAUAUACAGAUGUCUCUUUUCUUUGCUAUUACUUUUUUGUAUUUAUUUAAUGGAAUGUGGCGUAUGCAGCCCUUCAGAAAAAUAUUGAAAUGCUUUUAUGAAUGAAACUGACAUUGUAUGGAGAAAUAAAGUGAAAUAAA